AUGGCGCUCCAGCUAAAGAUCUUGUUCACGACUACGGGUCUGACGAAGACCAUGCGCUUCACCCAGACCAUGUCCGUCUCCGAGACCCUGCGGGACAUCAAGGACAAGACCAACGAAGGAGGCCGUGACCACGGUCUGUUCCAGCCCCCCGAUGAAAAGAUCGGUCGCUUCGGCCGUUGGCUGAGGCCCGACAAGACCCUUCUCUUCUACGACAUCAAGGCCGGAGAAACGAUCGAAGUGAAAAAGAAGCACAGACCGCUGAAGGUGAAGCUCCUCGAUGAGACCGUCAAGACUGUGAUGAUCGAUGAGUCCGAGCCGGUUUCGGAGAUCGUGGAGAUGAUCGGUAAGAAGAUGGGUCUCAGGAACCCCGAGGAGUUCGCCCUCCAGUACAACGAGGAGGACCAGCCGCCCAAGGAAGGCGACACGCUCAAGAAGAAGAAAAAGAAGGACAGGCCCUCCGUCCUGAAGAAGCUUCCCAGUGCCGAGGCCAAGGGCUGGCUCAACCCCACGCAGACGCUGGUCGAGCAGGGUCUCCUCGAUGACUCAGUGGUCACCCUCAAAAAGAAGUUCUACGUCGACGACGACCGCGUCGAUCGCAGCGACCCCGUCCAGCUCCAUCUCGUCUACGUCCAGUGCCACGAAUCUGUGGUGAAGGGCGACCACCCGGUGACCCGCGAUGAGGCGAUCGCGUUCGGUGCGCUGCAGUGCCAGAUCGUCUAUGGCAACUUCGAUCCCACGAAGCACAACAAGUCCUUCUACAAGGAGAAGAAGCUGGAGGAUCUCAUCUCCAAGACACACCGCAGCAAGGGCCUGUACGAUCCGCUCGUCCAGGAGUGGAAGAAGCUGGUGAACAUGUCCGAGGUCAACGCCAAGUACCGCUACGUGCAGCUGUGCCGUUCGCUCAAGACCUACGGUAUCACCUACUACCGCGGCAAGUGGAAGCCCAAGGGCAAGAAGAGGCUCGAGGAGCUCAUGCUGGGCGUGACCAAGGAGAACAUCAUCUGCAUGCACCCCGAGACCCGCCAGAUCGAGGAGGAGCACCCGCUCAUCCACCUCAAGCGCUGGGCCGCCGGCCCCAACUCGUUCACGCUCGAUUUCGGCGACUACCGCGACGAGUACAUCAUCAUCGGCACGCCCGACGCCGAGGCCAUCUCCCAGCAGCUCGCCGGCUACAUCGACAUCCUGCUCAAGAAGCGCAAGGACGGUGGCGUCGUGAUCGAAGACGACGAGGGCGAGCGCGCGACCGAGGAGCACGUCGGCACCGUCCACGGCCUGGCCAUCCAGAGCGUGACCACCAGUGACUAUGGUGGCACCUGGGGCGACCAGGGCUCGAGCGCGAUCAUGGGCGGCGGCGGCCAGUUCCCGGGCCUGUCGCCAGGCAUGGCCGGCAUGCUGGGCAGCAUCGGCAACCUGGUCGACGCCGACAACGCGAUCAUGAGCAUGAUGAACGAUCUCCUCAUCCCGCUUCCCAUCGGCCAGCACGGCGGCAAGACCCCCGAGCAGCUGCGCCAGGAGCUGUGCAACCUCAACAACGCCCUCGCGGCCGCCGCUGGCGCGCUCAUUCGUGACGCCGGCAACGGUCUGCCGCGGUCGGAGCUCAACAAGCACGCCGGCGGUCUGGCCACCAACCUGGCCAACCUCAUCUCCGCGGCCAAGCUCGCCGCCGCCGCCAACGGUGGCGACAUCUCGCUGCUCGAUGGCGCCAAGGCCGUGUCCGACGCCCUCAAGGAGCUCAUGAACGCCGCCGGCGAGCUCGCCGACAAUCCGAGCGCUCUCUCCAAGGCUCGCUUGCUGGAGGCUGCGGCGUCGCUGCAGGCCACCUCGGCGGCGCUCAACGCGACCGCGCAGGGCAAGUAUGCCGACGAGGACUCCAAGAACCUGCUCCUGGCCUCGGCCGCCGCUGUCGCCGCCGCGACGAAGGACCUCAUGAACACCUCCGCGAACGCCACCGCCAGCGCUGACCCCGGCACCCGCAACGCUCAGGCCGAGGGCGCCAGGAGGGUCGAGUUCGGCAGCGGCAAGGUCAACGCCACCGCCGAGGCCAUCGCUCCCGUGGCUGUGGACCCGACGUGCCAGAAGUACAUGGUGGAUGCCGCGCGUGCGCUCACCGACUCGUGCGGCGGUCUCGUGUCCGGCAUCCAGGCCGGCGUGAGGGACCCGCAGCAGCGCAAUGACCUCGCCCGCGCCGCCAAGGCCGCCACCGAGGCCCUCCAGCAGCUCGUCAACUCGACUCUCUGCGUGGGCAGCCGAACCCAGGCCAACCGCGAGGCCAUGGCCGCCGCCGCGUUUGAAAUCCAGGAUGCCGUUGCGCGUCUCAUGUCGUCUGAGGGAAAUCCCAACCUUAUCAUCACUGCCUCUCGCAGCGUCGCGUCUGCUCAGGGCCAACUCAUCCAGGCUGCGAAGUCCGUUGCCAAUGAGUCCGAUCCUGAGGAGAAGAACCGCCUUUUCAAGGGCGUGGCUGACCUCACUGCGGCAGUGAAGAACAUGUUGGCGACCGCCUCGCCUGCUGCCAACGACCCGAGCGACAAGCAGGCUCACAAGACGAUGCGUGAUGCUGCCACCCUCGUGGCCGACGCCACCAAGCACAUCCUGGGUGACAUCACCACGCGCGAGGCCGCCAUGGCUGCGCUCCGCACGGCGUCCAAGGCCGUCGCCGCCACCACGUCGACCCUGGUCGCCGACUGCAAGGGCGUGGGCUCGCAGCUCGACUACGAGACCUACUCCAGCCUUGUCGACAGCGCCAACCAGGCCGCUUCGCCGACGGCUGGCCUCGUGGCUGCGGUUAAGGAUUCGUGGACCUCGCCCACCAACCCGGAGUACGACAACCGCCUCAUGCAUGCCGCCGCGGCGCUGGCCAGGCCCGCCACGGGCCUCGUCGCCGUCUCGCGCUCGUGCGUGACCAAGCUGAAGGACCCCCAGUCCAAGCUGCAGCUCAACACUGCCGCCACCCAGGUCACCGACGCGCUCAAGAAGAUGCUUGAGGCCCUCAGCGCUGUCAAGGAGUCCGGCGGUCACAUGGAGGUGGACGAGGCCCUCGAGGCCUUUGCCGCGACGGCCGCCGAUCUCGACUACGCGCUGCUGUCGGCCCAGGAGGGCAACUUUGCCGCCAUGCCCGGCCAGUCGCGCGAGGGCGCCCUCGCCAUUCUCAAGCGCGCGGCGGACCAGCUCCGCGAUGCCUCUGAUGACCUGGUCGACAAGGCCAAGGUCUCGCCCCAGGCCAUGGGCGCGCCGGCCAAGGCCACCACCAGCGCCGUGGGCCAGGUCUUCGGCGCCGCCAAGGCCGUGGCGUCGACCACCGACGAGCGCGUGGCCCGCGUGAAGAUCCUGUCGAGCGCCAAGGACGUCGCGUCGGCCAUCGAACGUCUCAUCAACGCCGGCCGCGCC